AUGGUGCGGUCGUCACCGCUCACUCCUGGGGUCCACGUGGUGCAGAGGGAGACACAGCUCCAGGGGAACGGGAAUGAGCACGGCCUGGCUUGUCCCCAAGACCCCAGAGGACAGGCUGUGGCCCUGGAGGAACAGCCCAAGCACGCUGGCCGUGGUGUUCCAGUGGCUCAGGCCAACGGCUUCCCUCUCCCCUCCGGCUACCGCCCCCCUGACCCUGGCCCACAGCCCCGAAUUUCCUUCCAACCUGGCUGGGAGCAGGCCGUGCGGUCAGCCCAGCGGAUCUCAGGUGAGACACCCCAUCUUGAUUUCCAUCCCUACAUCCAGCUUUGGUUUGGCAUCUGCCUGGCUCCCAGCCCGGCCACCACAGAAGAGGAGCGGCAGGUCAGAAGGACCGCGGGCAGCAGCAGUGGGGAUGACGGAGGAGUGGACGCGCCUAAAGAGACGGUCAGGAGGGGUACGCUGCUCACAGUGUCUGGUCCUGUGCAGUCAGCGCUGCAGAAGGAAGGCAUGCAGCGGGCUGCCCUGGGGCUGCUACGGUCUCAUCUGGAGAGGCUGCCAUCACUUUUGCUCACCUUCACUGACAAAAGCAGAGACUUGUCUGACCCCACCAAGAGCAGGGACUGCCCCUCAUGUGACUGGAAGGAUGAGAAACCGUGUCGGCAGAGAGACCCGGAGGACGCCCCCCAAACCCGCCCGGAGACAAACCCGCUGGGAGAGCUGACCGGCUACCCUUUGGGGGAGGUUUCAGGGGUCGUGCAGUGCAGAGGCUCUCACUCCCACCCCUCACUCAGAUGUGGUAAAGCUUUUCUGGGACCUGGGACCCUGCAGAGCUUUCUGCAGCCUCUGCUCUGUGUGAGAGAAGGCAGGGCUGGCUGGGCUUCUGCCAUCGAGGGCAUCCCGUCCCAUCUCCCCCUGGGCCGAAUCCGUGGCCCGGGCUCCGGGGCCAUGGAGCAGAUGCCGAGGGAGCGAAGGGAACCUUGGCUACCUGCUGACCAAGAUGGCUUUAAAGUGCAGGCGGAACUCCUCCGGGCAGCAUCGCGGGCCGAGCAGCGUCUCAGAAGUGGAGAGGGGCAGGCUGCCCAGCUGUCUCUGGUCACCUCCAGCGACCGGCCCAUGGGCAUUGACAGCCCUGAAGGUGCCGCCCGACUCGGCAUCUCCAUCUUGCAGACAGGUAGCAGCAGCUUGAGAAACAUUCCUUCUGAUGUUCUAGUUACAGGCGUCUUUGAAUAG